CAACAACACGAUCUCUCUCUCUCCUUCUUCAUCUCUUCUCUCUCGUUCUGUAACUGUAGAAGAAGAAAAAAAAUUUGAAUCCAAAAAUCAAAAGAGAAACCGUAAAUCGAAACUGAAAAUAAACCGUCAUAGUAUAUAAAUCUCAGUAAACGAUUUCAUUGUAAUCAUUUCAUUUUCAACAAUCAAAAAAUCAGAGAAGAAAAAUGAUUGAAAAUAGGGUUUACGGAUUUUGAAGAUUGAAACAACAAAUUCAAAGAGUUGGAGUUGAUUUUGUAUCUGUUUUCAUAAGAAAGAGAUUAUCACCAGUUGCAGUUUCAGGCGAAAGAGAUGACAGGAAUGAGAAGAUCACCAAGAAUAAAUGCAAAAAGUAGAGAAGAAGAUGAUUCACAACAUAUUCAACAAAAUGUCAAUGUAGAAACCAAAAAGAAGAGGAAGAACAAGAAGAGACUGUUUGAAGAAAAGCAAAAAGAACAAGAGGAAGAGGAAGAUGAACCGAAACAAAAUUCAAGAAGAUUUACCAACCAAAAAGAAAAGGGUCAACAAGAAAUUAUUAGCAGAAAGAAGAACAAAGCAGAAGCAUGAUAAACCAGAGGAUUCAGAAGAAGAAGACUCAGAAAAAAUUGGCAAAGCUACUGCAAAAAAGAGAAAAACAGAGAACAAAAAGAAAGCAAAGGUACAGAAGAAGUAGAAGAAGAAUAAAGAAGAACAAGUACAUAAAAGAAAUAAAAAGAAGGUAAUUGAAGAAGAAGAAGCAUAUUCAGAUGACGAAGAAGUAGAAUCAGAAUCAGAAAAAGAGGAAGAAGAAAAAGUAGCCGCAGAUGUUAAAUCAGAGAUAGAGCGAAAAGGUAAGUCAAGGAAGAACAAAACAAAGUUCAAAUCAUGUAUGAUGUCGUUGGUUGAAAUGGGUAAAUAUCUACACAACUUGUUUUAAAGAGGAGAUUCAGAAAAUAAGGAGACGACACCCAACAGGAAAGCAUUGAAAAGAACUCCUUUCUGGGGGCUUCGUCGAACCAUUCUACACACAAGACAUGAGCAAUAUAGAAACAGAUAAGUGGCUAACAAAAAAAAUAUUGCAAUGCAACUGCUUAUUGGAGCUUUAGAUAAGAAAAAAAAUAAGUUCAAGUUUGGAGAUAACGAAUCUUCUUAUGAAUGCUCUCUAGAAGCAAAAGAUUUUUCACUGAUGUUUAAGGUAAGAAGGGUUACCGAGAGUUAGGAGUUGAAGAAGUUUCCGAAACAAAAGAAUGGAGCUGUAAUCACUGCAUGGUUAAAGACCAGGUUCAGACCAUAGAAAGGUGCAGAUUGGAGUGCAAAAAUAUCGAAGGCUGAAAUUGAGCGUAAACUAAGAGAUGCAGCUAGAGAUGAGUCUGACCCACAACAUUUUGUGAGACUCUUUGCUAUUUUGGAUAUGCAUAGUAUUUUUCUUCACAGAUGCUGGUGCAACGGGAUUAGCAAAGAAAUGGUUGCCUCAUAUUUUAAACAUGGACGAAGUCUCGUGGCCUGAUCACAUAGUAGACUUUCUGCUUAAAAACAUUAAAAAGCAGAAAGGAAAGCAUGGAAGUGUUCCUGGCUGCACAACUCUACUGCCAUACUGGUUCUACGAACAUACAUGAAACUACAUCAACAAGAGGUUAAAUUUUGAAAAUUCAACUCCAAGAUUUCUGAGAUGGAGCCAACACGCAUUGUGCAAGGCUCUUGGAAAAGAAUUUGAAGAGAAUGUUAACAAGGGAAUAGUAUAAUGACUUGGUUUAAACAUCAGGUUCAUGAAGACUUUUUUGAUCCUGUUACACAAGAAGAACUGUAUUUAAUUGACCUAUUAGCACCAGCAAGGAAAUUGCAAGAAGAGAAGCAGAAGAAUGAGGAAAUGACAGAAGAACUUGUGUAUCUUGAGUGUGAAAAACAGGAGAUAACUUAUCAGAGAAGUGGUCAAGCAAAAACAUUGAUGAACAACAUCAUCUUCCUGAAGAAUAUUAUUGACACCAACAGGGAUACAAUUCACUUGAAACCUGCAGAUGAAGAGAAACUUAAUGAUAUUGCUAAACAAGUGAAAGAGUGGAGAGAAAAGGAAGAGAACAAAAAGAAAGCAAGAUCAGAGAGUACUCAACAAUAAUUCAGAAGAGCAUCCAAAGAUAUGUUAGAUACUGACUCAACUCCAGUAGAGGAUACAAAUGGAGAACCAUCUGGAAAGGAGACUGAAGCUGAUUUGAAAGAUGAUUUGGAUGUAGACAAAGAACCAGAAUCAAGUCAACUGACGUUGUCAUUGUCAGAUGCAAAUCCAAGCAUUUUAGAAAAUAUGGGAUUUGGUGCAGGAUUAGAAGCAAAGAGAAUACAAGAAGCAAAUCUUCAAGUCAGCAAUGUGAUUGCACAGAUUGCUAAUUCAGGUCAACAGUUAGAAGAAGAAAAUGAAGUCAAUGAGGGAGAAAGGAGUACAAACAAGCAGGAAGCCAAAAUGGUCGCUACAUAUACUACCUCAAGCUUCAGCGCACCAAGCUUCCAUGCGAUCACUGCCGGAAUAUUUAAUCCUCCUCUUCCAGAAAUGGAAGAUGCUCUGACACAAGAAACGGAAUAUACUCCUACACAACAAACGGAAGAGGGAGAUUCUGGACCUGCAGACAACGACGCUGUAUUGGAAGGGCUUAAAGUGAUUUACAAACUAGAACAAAUCGAUGGGACAACUGAAGAAGAAGACACCACCCAAGAUGAUGAUGAUUCUGAAGCGACGCAGAGCGAAAGCAUUCAAUGUGACAAUACCGGAAGAGAAGCGAGGUAUAACACAAGGUCGUCAAGGAAUCCACCAAACAAAUUCACACCUCAAGGUAAAGUGAACAAGGGGAAGAGAGGAGCAAAGGGAAAGAAAAAGAAGAAGGGUGGAGGUGUUUGUUAGAGCAUAGCUCGGUCAACCUCGCAUGCGUUGCUAUCUCAAGCAUGUUUGUCAA